AUGGUUAAUAAUGUGGCAAUAAAAGAACAAAACUAUAAUAAGGAAAUAAACGAAAAACAAACCAAAAUGCUUGAUUGUUAUAGCUUACAUACACCGAAUCAUUUAAAUCAAAUAGUUAGUAUAGUCUCAAAUAUAAAGAAAGACAACGAUGAUAAUGUAAAGAAAAUAGAUACUGAUUGUAUAAUGAAUGUGCUGUUUGAAGGAUCAAUCACAAUAGAGUCCUCUGAUGAAGAACCGAUCACUGAGUUUGAAGCUAUAAACAAAGCUAUAGAAGAGAAGAGUGAUGUUAAUAAAAUACAGUUAAAACAUGAUAAUAAUAAUAAGGAAGAGUUUAAAGAACAGUGUAAUUAUCUUAUCCAAUCUGAUUGUUCUCAGGAAUCGCAAGAAUCAUACAUUAAUGAUAAUUCGGAAAGUCAGCAAGAUCCUACUGUCUAUGACCGAAAUCAAAAAUUGGUUGUAGAAAUUGAUGAACCUAUAAAAGAAAAUAAGGAUAUCAGUAUAAUAUUAAAGUUGAAUAAAAAGCAGAUAAUUAACUUAAAUUUAUUUUUAAGUUUUGAUGAAACUAUAGAAAUGUUUAGAGAAGCAUUUCCAGACGAAAACGCCAAUAACUUGAUUCCUCAAGAAAGUUGUGGAUUAUCAACAAAUAACUGCCAAAGUACAAGUCUCAAAGAAAAUUACAUUGACAAAGACCCUAACUUAAGUGCAGACAAGACUCUUGAUCCAUUUAACGAGUUAGAGAUGGAUGAGUUUUUAAGGGUUAGCAACUCUUUCAGUGAAUUUCAGCCUCUUGAAGAAAGUUAUGAUGAAAUGUCGAACCUGGAGAAAGACCCUACUACGUUAGAUAAAGAAUCAGAAAAACUGUUGCAUAGUAAAAUGAGAGCUCUAAAUGAAAAAUUAUUACCUAUUAGAGAGUUCAAGUCUGAUAAUAAUUCUUUCAGACAAGCUUGUACCUCGAAGAGUGAUUUCAACAAAAAAUCUAAAGAUCGAAAUAGGUCAAGAUACAAAAGAGCCCAAAUUAACCAUAUCACAAGAAGUAAAGCAUUGCAAAAUAACUUUAUAUCAAAAAAGCCUCGAGUUGUAGAAACCAGUCGGAAAAUAGAAAAUUUUAACGUCUCAAGCAAAGAAUUGAAUGAUGAAUGCAUUGGCCCUGAAGAAAGUAAGAGUCUUGAGAUUAGUAAUAAUAAAACUGAAGGAUUUAGUCUUAAAAAAUUAUAUAGUGAAGGUAGUGUUUGGAUAGCAACAGAAGAGAGUGAGUCAGAGUGUAGUCUAGGAUCACAUAACAUGAGACAAAAUAGAUCAUCAGAAAUCAAUUCACUUACUACAAAUCCAAGAAAACAGAGAAAACAAAAAGUGACAUUAGUUAACAAAGUUUAUGAAAGGGAUUUAUUUGCUGAGAAUACUGAUACUAGUG